AAUUUCUUAUGUUUCUGUUUUAGCUCACCGCCAAAGCCGAUUUAAUCGUCUACAAACGACUAGCCAUCAACCCACCAGAGGUGAUCAUCCCGUACGACCCAGCUCUCCGACGACAGAAGCUCCAAUUCACAGCCACAGGUGGUGAUGGAUCCUACGUUUGGUCCAGUCUGGACAGUUCCCUGCUCUCGGUCACCCAAACCGGACUCGCCGAAACCCGCCUCGACAGCAUCAAAAGCGCUGUGAUGAUCUCCACUGGCAAUGGCGAAUCUAGCACCAAACUUACGCAGGUUCGCGUUGCACUUGCGCGCAAUCCUAAGAUUUCCGUUGCAGCGCAGGUUGUCUUUCUGCCUCCGAUCAAACUGGAAGUGGUACGGUAUAACUUCGAAACGGUGCUGAAGGAUUACGUGGCGGUGCAUGUGGCGCUCUGGGCCAAGCACAACGGAACCAUGAAGGCUUUCACUUCCUGUGAGAAUCUGAACUUCGAGCUGGAGUUCAGCAAUCAGAUCUUCCUGCUGGAUACGGCCAAGAACAGUGCCAAGGAUGUGCUGGCGGAUAACGCCUGUCGGAUUCUGUACUUGAAGGCGACGGCAGUCGGGCAGACGAACUUGAAAGUCACCUAUCGGUACCUGGAGAAGGUUCUUUGCGAUCAGGUCGGAUUGAAUGUGUUCGAGCGACUGGCCAUUCUGAAUCCGAUUGAGAAUGAGGUUGUGUUGCCGAUUGGCGCCUCGCGGAAUUUGAUUUAUUACAAUGGACCGGAGCGAAUUUACAACUCAGAAGCGGAACUACAGAAACGGGUGGUGGUUACGGAUCAGAAGAGUUUGGAGGUGGUUCAGGUGGGAAGUGGUUUCUCCAAGGAUAAACAUAUUUUGAGGGUACUUUGCAAGAAGAUCGGCGAUUUUGAACUGAAACUGGAGGUUUACAAUACUCUGAAUGCGGUCAAUGUGGUUCCAUACGUAACGGAGUUUAUAACCAAGGUGUACUGCGUGAAGCCCCGUUUCGUGAAUCUGUUCACAACGGAUAAGGUCAAGACCAGUUGUCCACUGGAACGGCGCCACUCAAUGAUGCACGUCAAAAACGACAACGAUCAGCUUCUCGUAGAUAUUGAGGUCCUGGACGUUCAUAACCGAAAAUUGGCUAACAUUUCGUCGCUUCUCCUAGAAUGGCAGUUCACUCUAGCUGAUCGUGAGCAGCUCCUGGAUCAAGUUGGUUACGAGCAAAAGACCGAAACGGAUCUCUUCGAAGGCGUAGAAAUUCCCAAACGAGACUUCCUUCAGACCACUCUUCCAGAACUGGAAGCAAACUUCAAAAUCAAGGCCACCGUUACCGAGUACCGUUCGGAAGUCCUCCGUCAGCACUCUGUCAAAUCUGAGUCCCCUCACUUCGGUAUACAGAAAACUUCCGGAGGACCCCUCGUCAAACCGGUAAUCGAAAACGAACUAAACUUCCUGGCCGUGAACAAAACGCUUCUGCCGUAUGAGCACCUGACCCUGUUUCUGUCGCGCAGUAACGUGGAACGCAUUCGGAUCGCCCAAGGCAGCGGAUUCUACGACAUAAAAGCCUCCGACAGUGGCAUCGUGGCAGUCGAAUACGACGAAGCCACACGGCAGCUGGUGAUCACCCCGAAACGGGUCGGAGAAGUCAAGCUGGAAGUAGCCGAUCAGUGUCUCAAUACGGAAUCGAGCUUCCUGUACGUUUCGGUGGUUACCAUCGGACGAAUUACCCUGCACGCACCGGAUCGAGUGGAGAAAACAAAAACGAUUGAGACCAUUGCGCGGAUCUACGAUAGUAACGAUCGGGCGCUGGAAUUAUCGCGUGCCAACCUGGAAAUGUACGAACUUAGCCAGGAUGUGUAUAAUCCGAACGUGUUGAGCAUGGCGCUUGGGAGCCAGACGCAGCUGGGUACCGGAGAGAUUAGAUACAUUGUGACCGGAAUGGAGCUAGGAGAGACCAAGAUUGUAGUUAACGCCGGAACAGGCGAGAAGCAGAUUUCGAGUUCACCGGUUCCCGUACAGGUCUUCCCGCCGUUGACGCUGUUUCCGCGAAAUGCCACCAUCGUCGUCGGCAGCACCCUCCAAGUCUACUCCAAAGGUGGUCCCACCCCGGAUACCAACAUCGUGUACAGUGUCCAAUAUCAGGAUAUCAUCUCCAUCGACUCGGGCUUGGUGUCCGGGUUGAAAAUCGGACAGUCCAAAGUUACCGGUCGAUGCGUUGGCGUGAAUCCCAGUACCGGAGCGCAGAUCGUAUUCUCCGAAGAUACUGUUCACAUUCACGUGAUUCCGCUGGAUGCGAUUGAGAUUAGGACUCCGCUGAGCCGGAUUAGGGCAGGUGCUGUAAUGCCUGCGCACGUGUGGGGUUUUCCCGGCAUUUCGCCGCUGGUACUAGGUACCCUGGAAUCCGUUAAGAUCUACUGGUCGACGGACCAUGAGGACGUUCUGGAUGUUCGCGGAGUUUUUCAGGAGAUUGGAGUGGAGUACAAGGAAAAGGAUGCCAUCGGAGUUCGGAUCAGAGCGUUGGCACCGGGUAAGGCUGGUUUGUACGUUACGGUUGUAACCGCUGGAGGUGCGAAGCUGACCGCCAAAACGGAAGUUACGGUGUUUCGCGUUCUGGAGCUUGAAUCGCCAAAGGUCAUCCGGUAUGAUUCGAUUUUGAUUCCCCCGAGAGCCACAGUGCAGCUGAAGGCAAACUUGGAUGAUGCUGUUUAUCAAUUGGAAGAAGGCAGCAAUGCUGUUGUCAAGGUAUCCAAAGAAGGCCUGGUCAAGAGUGGAGAUGCUGUCGGACGAGUUCAGAUCGCUGCUUCCUCAUUUGAUCAAUCCCUGACGAUUCCUGUAGAGGUUAAGAACGUCCACUACAUUUUGACUUCGUUGGAAACUUCAAACGUGAAACUACGCCAACCAGAGAAUGUCAUCCCGCAGGGGUUGAACUUGAGGCUAAAGGUAUCUCUUCAUGACAGUCUAGGAAACGAGUUCUCCCAUGGAAUCGAGGAAGUGUCGGCAUUGAAGCAAAAGCUCUCCAAACGAGGCAAUGUCCUGAUUACUACGGGAUCAAACUAUUCUGUGGUGCUGCAGCUAAUUCGUGAAACGUCCGACAUGCUGUUGGUCUCCCUCAAGGACAAGGCCGGUGUCAAGCAUGGUGAAGACUACCUGAAGUUGGUGGUGGGUGAAACGUCGACGAUCUUUCCGGAAAAGACGGUGUUUUCGGUAGGUGACAUCGUUUGUUUCGAAUCACCCUUAUUAGGAUCGCUGGCCGACUGGUCUAGUUCGGAUGAAGGCCUGGUACGGAUCGACGCGGCUACUGGAGUUGCCAAGAUCGUAUCUUCGCGUCGUGUGAUCGCUGGAGGCGAGGAAAAGGUUUACAUUAGUCAUGGCGAUCUACGAUCUGGAGGAUUGCGAUUCGGCAUCGAUGUCCUUGAAGCGGACCACAUCGAAUUCUUCAAAUCCUACGACGUUUUCAAUGGACAGAAAUACCGCGGACACUUGGUGAUCAAGAAUCAUCAACAGCUGGACAAGUUCGUCAACAUGAUCGCACAUAAUGUGUCCACUUGCGCGGAAAACGUCGAACGAUCGUUUUCCAAUCUAUUCAGUUGCAAAUUGACCUCGAAGCAGAAUCCCUCUUCCGGUAUUCUGAAGCAUUUCAAGACCGUUCCGAGCUUUGAUCCUUCCAUUGGAGCGUACACUUGCGACAUCGAUCUGGUCACGUCUAUCGAGGAGGUAACCAAUCUGAUCAAAACCAACGAACUCAAUGUUGAACUGGAAGCGCGGCUCCUCGGCAGCGGGUUGUCCGAUACGUCAACCCUCAAAAUAGUGCCGGCGGUCAUCAUCGAACCGGAGGCCGUUUCCAUUGAACAGGUUGGAACCCAGAUUGUUACGGUGAGCGGAAUGGACAAGGUGUUGCAGAAGAUCGAGGUGUCUUCGUCGAACCCCUCGCUAUUGGAGGUGUCCAUGGUGCAGAAGGGACCGGGUUCCAUUCAGUACAAGCUGCGCCUGCUCGGGUCGUACUCGUUGGACUCGGUCGAGGACCUUUUCGUUGGUAUCAAUUCACCGCUCACGCUUCAAAAAGUUAAGAUUCCAAUUCAAUCGCCAUUGGUGAUGCGCAAAUGUGCUAGUCAACCGUUGUACAACGUACCAAGUAUGUUCCUCAACUAUGUCAGUAAUUUCGGGCUGGUGAUAUCGGCCCUCAUCGUUCUGGCUGCCACCGUGUGGGUGUUCGUGUUCUGCUUCCCGCAGCGUCAGAAAUCGGUGGAUCCGAAUGCAACGCUGCUCUUUUCGCCAUUCAAAGCCGAUAACAAUCUGUCCGGCUACCAGGGUGGUGCUGCCGGAGGAGCGCGACUAAAUGCGAAUCCGUUUGCCAGUCCGGCACAUCGGGGAGGAGGACCGGCGGCCAACAUGGCCUCGCCGGCGUCACCGUAUGUCGGUCCAGGUAAUCUAAGCCACAGCACGACUCCUCUAUCGUCUUCGGAUUUCAACAAUAGUGCCAGCGGUAGCUCGCCCGGAUCGCCUAUUUACGGUGAUAGUACGCUAAUGUCCCCGCAGAAACGAAUUCACCGACGUCAGCUGUAAGUCAUUAGAUAUUUGUGCAAGUUUCAGGUCGAGAAGAUUACUACCGUGCGUGAAUUCUGGAUUGAAUGAUGUAUGAUUUUUUGACGAGUGUGUAAAUGUAUGCGCGAUUGAUUUGCCUUUUUACGUGAAACGAACGCAACUGAUAUUUCCUAUUCUUAUGAUCGAAAGAGUCGCCGCUGACGAGUCGAAUAGUAUGAGUGAAUGCAUAUAGUCGCAUAGUUUUUAAGUUCAUUACCAAGACUAGAUAAGUAACAUCCAUUGUCAUUAUCCAUAGUUUUGAAAGAGAAAGGCGAUCGAAAUAGAAGGUUCAAAACUCUAGAAGUUCCACGCCCAUUCUGCCAUUUAGUACUUAUAUCAGUGAAUCGAAUUGCUGCACCCGCCAACAAUAACUCCAGAAGAAUUCCGAAAUCCACACGACAACGUGUAAGCCACAACGUGGCUCCAUUUUGAACUCAAAUUACUUUCAUUUCAUUACACUCUGGCCAUCAUCGUCCGUCCGGUUUACUCAGGGACGCAAACUGCAUACGAAAAAAGGGCGGUUCGGCUGCUGUAUGUAAAUUACACUCUUUACUUAAUUUAUAUUUUCCUCCGGCCGGAGAGGGGCAAACUACGUCUUCGUUCUUUGUUGACAACAUCUUAUACGCGAGUCGGCCUGCCACCGGAAAUUACUACAAGAAGGCUUUCCCAGAAAAUUGGAUUGCUCUCGGUCAAUCUUUUAUAAUUUGUUAGUUUGUGUUUUGAAGCACUACUCUGACGCAGAGUCUUUCUCGGUUGUUGAUCAAUUGACUCUAAGUGAUUGAGGAAAAAUAGCAAAUCUAUUGGAGUGAAGGACAGAUUAAAAAAAACGAUUAGUUUUGGACGAGUCGUGGAUAUUUUUUUUUUCGCAAAUUAGGUUUUUCGGUUUUGUGCGUUAGCGUUAGUUUAUUUCCUUCCAUCGAAUGUGUUCUUAGUUUCCUGUUUAACUUUAUAAACUAUGAAAUCGGGUAAGGUAGCUGUUUGUAAAUAUAUAAAUAAGAUGAACAAUUAAACAUUAUAAGAAACAUCA